AUGCUGUUCUGCGUUCCAGGGAAAGCAGAGAAGAAAAAAUGGAAGGAAAUGAAGCUACUGAAGAAACUAGAGAAGCAGCGGAUGCGGGAGCUGGCAGAAAAACAAGCCGAGAAGCAGGAGGAGCAGAAGGAAGACAAAGGGCGUCACUACACGCUGAGUGUAGCCUUGCCAGGCUCUAUCUUGAACAAUGCCCAGUCGCUGGAGCUGCGGACCUACCUUGCUGGACAGAUUGCUCGGGCCUGUGCCAUCUUCUGUGUGGACGAGAUCAUAGUGUUUGACGAGCAUGGAGAAGAUGUAAAGAGUGUGGAGGGGGACUUUGAAGGAAUUGGGAGGAGAGGCAAGGCUUGCGUGCAGCUGGCUCGGAUCCUGCAAUACUUGGAGUGCCCUCAGUACUUGAGGAAAUCCUUUUUUCCAAAACAUGAGGAUCUGCAGUUUGCAGGGCUCCUCAACCCCCUGGACAGUCCGCACCACAUGCGUGUGGAUGAGGAUUCAGAGUACCGGGAAGGUGUAGUGUUGGACCGGCCAAUUAAACCAGGCAGAGGCUCUUUUGUUAACUGUGGAUUGAGGAAGGAGGUGCAGAUUGACAGACAGCUGAACCCUGGUCUGCGAGUCACUGUGCACCUGGAGGAACCCCAGAAGCCAGAAGCUAAAGUGCGGAAAGGCACCGUGGUGUCCUCACACCAUCCUCGGACAGUCUCAGGCUUGUACUGGGGUUACAGCGUCCGCCUUGCCUCCUGCCUGAGUGCUGUGUUUUCAGAGUGCCCAUUCAAGGAAGGCUAUGAUCUCUCCAUUGGAACCUCAGAGCGAGGCAGCUCUGUGGACCAGGCCACUCUCCCCUCCUUCAGGCAUGCCCUCGUCGUGUUUGGAGGUCUUGAGGGCUUGGAAGCUGGGGUUGAUGUGGACCCAAACUUGGAGGUCACUGACCCAAGUGUCUUGUUUGACUUCUACCUGAACACUUGUCCCAGCCAAGGCAGCAGAACCAUCCGGACAGAGGAGGCACUGCUGAUCUCCCUGUCUGCACUGAGACCCCACAUCGACGAGGCUGUGAAGACACCCAGCAACAGCUGA